GUCGAACGGGUUGGCCGAGAAUGCCAACCGUAUGAUUAAAACCGCCCUUCGCAGGAACUUAGCGGCACAGGACACGCGUCCUUGGCCCGAGAUCGUAUAUCAGAUCGUUGGGAUCCACCGGGCCACCCCUCAUGAGUCUACGGGGCUUACCCCCUUCCAGCUUCGAACUAAUAGCCUCCCCUGUGUCGAUUACCGGGGUAAUUCAGAAAUUGUCGAAGCAGGGGGUAGGGACACGCGUGCAGCUCUCAAGGCCAAGGCCAAAAGGUACACCGAAUUAAUGGAACGGGCCGUCCCGAAGCUAGCCCGAAAAAGGCAAAGGAUGACCGAACUAGCCCACGGUAGACAGGUCCGUAGCUACGAGGCUCGGAAUGGAAAUGCUGGGCCCCAGUACCAAUAUAAAUUAGGGGACCUAGUGCAGGUACGUAAAUGUGUACGCGACUGGAAACUCGCUCCCAAGUUCUCUGGCUGUUAUCGUGUUGUCGAGCUCGGACCCAACGGCGCCAACACGGUAACGUGGACGGGCACUAACGAGCAUCCCGCGUGGAUCGAGAAUCCGGAGCUGCUGAUCAUACAGGCUUGGGGGACUAACGUGGAAGGAGAUCUUCUUGGCUUUCUCUUCGGAUCGGUACGACCGGGUCGACGCCACCUGAUUGCGCAGGAGCUUAUUGCACCGAUCGUGCAAUUGGCGGACGACCUCUCGCCCGACAUCUAUUUUCAGAGCGACGACAGUCCUGCUCCGUACAUUUUCGAGCGAUCAUUGGAUCCGUACCUUCAGUGGACUGCGUGCUUGGAGGAACCCAGGGACGAGGAUACGCUACCAUCGCGGCAGGAGUACCUGAAGCCGUAUGAGAUCAUCCCUCACGCCUUCUAUCCGAGGGCAGAGGAAGUGGUGAUCGACGACGACGAAGAAGAAGACGACGACGAGGAAACAUCGGAGGAGGGAAGCUACAGUGAAUAUAGCGAGGGAGAGCUGAGUGAGGAAGGAGAAGAAGAAGAAGAAGGAACCGAGUCUGAGUGGGAAGCCUUGCCAGAGGAAGCGACGGGCACGGGAACGGAGGCGAAAGAUCCGGAAGCAGUGCGAAAGCGUGAAGAAAUUGCCACCGGGAAGCGCCAGCUGGAGUUCGCCAGCGAAGUUAGCCUGCGCAUCGGUAGCGAUCCGACCAGGGAUCCAGAGCCGCCGAAGCCCGAAGAUGGCGACCCUGCAGCCGCCACCUCAAGUAUCGCGUGACGGAGACGACGCCGAUCCCCCUCCUCCUCUAGCCCCACCCGUCCCCCAGUUCGCCCACGUACCGAUGCG